UGCGUGUCAUGUCUUGAUGGGGGGGGAGCAAGUUACUGUGAAGUUCGACAUGAAAAAAGAAAGUAAUAAUAAUAACUGCAUGCUGGCUGAGUGCGAGGCUUUGUCACAUCACGCCUCUGGGUGUGGAGUCCCGUUUGUUUGUGAGGAGCUGGUGCGUUUUCCUGUUUGUUGGAAUUCCUUCAGAAGUCCUAAGACAUGUUCAUGUUCUCCUGUUUGUUGGAAUUCCUUCAGAAGUCCUAAGACAUGUUCAGGUUCUCCUGUUUGUUGGAAUUCCUUCAGAAGUCCUAAGACAUGUUCAGGUUCUCCUGUUUGUUGGAAUUCCUUCAGAAGUCCUAAGACAUGUUCAUGUUCUCCUAUUUGUUGGAAUUCCUUCAGCAGUCCUAACACAUGUUCAUGUUCUCCUAUUUGUUGGAAUUCCUUCAGCAGUCCUAAGACAUGUUCAUGUUCUCCUGUUUGUUGGAAUUCCUUCAGCAGUCCUAAGACAUGUUCAUGUUCUCCUAUUUGUUGGAAUUCCUUCAGCAGUCCUAGCACAUGUUUAGGUUCUCCUGUUUGUUGGAAUUCCUUCAGCAGUCCUAAGACAUGUUCAGGUUCUCCUGUUUGUUGGAAUUCCUUCAGCAGUCCUAGCACAUGUUUAGGUUCUCCUGUUUGUUGGAAUUCCUUCAGCAGUCCUAAGACAUGUUCAGGUUCUCCUGUUUGUUGGAAUUCCUUCAGCAGUCCUAACACAUGUUCAUGUUCUCCUAUUUGUUGGAAUUCCUUCAGCAGUCCUAAGACAUGUUCAUGUUCUCCUGUUUGUUGGAAUUCCUUCAGCAGUCCUAAGACAUGUUCAUGUUCUCCUAUUUGUUGGAAUUCCUUCAGCAGUCCUAGCACAUGUUUAGGUUCUCCUGUUUGUUGGAAUUCCUUCAGCAGUCCUAGCACAUGUUUAGGUUCUCCUGUUUGUUGGAAUUCCUUCAGCAGUCCUAGCACAUGUUUAGGUUCUCCUGUUUGUUGGAAUUCCUUCAGAAGUCCUAAGACAUGUUCAGGUUCUCCUGUUUGUUGGAAUUCCUUCAGAAGUCCUAAGACAUGUUCAUGUUCUCCUAUUUGUUGGAAUUCCUUCAGCAGUCCUAACACAUGUUCAUGUUCUCCUGUUUGUUGGAAUUCCUUCAGCAGUCCUAAGACAUGUUCAGGUUCUCCUGUUUGUUGGAAUUCCUUCAGCAGUCCUAGCACAUGUUUAGGUUCUCCUGUUUGUUGGAAUUCCUUCAGCAGUCCUAGCACAUGUUUAGGUUCUCCUGUUUGUUGGAAUUCCUUCAGCAGUCCUAACACACGUUCAUGUCUCUGUAAAGUGACUUAUGCAGUCAGCAUUAAAUGGCACUACAAUGGCCGUUAUAAACUCGCUAUAUGGACUCUGGGCUUUUUAGUUGGGGUUCUAUAUGCAUUCACAUAAAAGUCUCAUGUGGCAAUUGCAAAUUAGGCUAAUAUGACCCCCUCCCACACACACAAAAACACAUUUCACCCUGACCAUCAUAAACAUUGAUAUUAUUCGGUGUUGGAUAGAAAAUGAAAUUGCCUGUCCCUACUAUUUAGCCAAAGGGCAACUGAAAUAUGGGCUGUUUUUGGAGAGACGGUAGUUUCCAUACACUUUUUGGUGACUGGGUGGUUUGUACAUGCAUCUCUGAUGAAAAGCCAGGGCUUGAUGAUAUUUUUAGAUGGUUAGCAGGUUAGGCAGCAUAAAUGACCAUGGCAGUGUGCCCUGUUUCAAAGUUUGUCCAAAACUCAGAUGUAUGCUUGAGGAAAGCUGAAUAGGCCAGUAAGAUUUGUAGGUCACAUAUGGACUGGCAUGCCGUACGGGGCACCCUCUGCCCUCUGCCUUAUGCCUUGUGCUUGCUGGGGUAGACUUCAGGAUUUCUUGUUAAUACUAAGUUGUUAAUACUGUAGUGCUUUGGAGUUAAGAUUUUACAUACUUACCUUUUUAAAGGGAGGGGAAGAUGGUGAAUUUCAAGGGACUCUUUUUAGAUCAGAUAGUCUUUGGAUCUUCAAAUGUCAAUCUAUUUUGUUUCA